UGUCGAUGAAACUAUGUGAACUUGACGGACGUGCCUUGCCUUUGUCUCUUCCCACCACGCAGCCGGUCUCCUAUUACAACGAUGGGCAACACGCCUUCCAACAACCAGCAAGACCGUGCCCGCAAUUCGUCCGCUACUCGAUUCCAGCAGCGUUCAUCACCGUCACCGACGCCCAACCAGCCCCAUCGGUCGCUCAGACACAAGAAACGGUCGCUAGAACUGCCUGAUCUACAGCUAGACAUUACCCCGAGGAGGCCCGCUGCCACCGCGAGUAUACCGAUACCAACAGGAGAAAAAGAGAAGGAAAGGGAGAGGCCAAGAGCCAGGCGGCAGCAGAGCGGAUUGGGGUCCAAGGCUGGAAGUGGAUCCGAAGAGUGGGCACGACAAGCGAGCUACCUUCCACCAACUGUACCGCCAUCGUCGCUGGUCGAUGCCCCACAUACUCCACCAGAGCGGGAUGAACCGUAUCAGCAGCAGGUCGUACGCAGCACCCUGCCCUUACCGCUUGCCGUAGAAGCUAUUUCACCCAACACUGCGGCCCAGAUGAUCUCUGUACCCAUCAUCUGGACCGGUGGAGGUACGAGAGUCUUCCUCUCGCGUGCAGGUGAUGAUGAUUGGAAGGCACACAUACCGAUGCGAAGAAUGAGCGGUGAUGACGACAAAAGAUGGACGGUUGACCUGCAGCUACAGCCUGGGACGCACCACAUGCGCUUUUUAGUGGACCAGCAGUGGCGCGUAGCCGACGACCUUCCUCAAGCUGUCGAUGACCAGGGUUCACUGGCUAAUUAUGUCAGCGUCGGCUUGUCGAGCCCUCCACCAGCCCAGCUCGAUCCUUCCCCGCCCAAACGCAGCCACAGCUUCUGGAGCACGACAACUGGCGGUUCUACUUCCUCACCCAGCACUCAUGCCCCCUCUCUUCCUGCUCCAACCUGGACAAAUGUAAUUCCCCUCGAGCUCACCGAGGCUGCCGCCGAAGAGGACGCUUACCUCAAUGCACACCACACGACAUCCACGACCCAGGGAGGACGCAAGGUAGUAAAUGGAUUUAUACCCGCUCCAAACAUCCCUCCUGCCCCGCCCCUGCCUCGUCAUUUGGAGAAGCUCAUUUUGAAUACCGCAAGUGGCCAGAGUCAGUCGAGUUCGUCCAAUGGAAAGGAGGGCAAGAGGUCAAGGGGUAGACACGGAACCCAUGGGCAGAGACGGGGUAGCUCUAGUGAGGGUACACCGGCCUCAGGGGUUGAAGGGAGAGUUCUACCUGUGACGACUGCAAGUGGGACAGACAUCAAUAAUGUGUUUGGCACCGGAAGUGGCUUCACGCCGUCAACUCAUACACCAGCGACGCCUCAAAGAAACUCACUUUCGAGCUCAUCACCAAAUCUCAAUAAUGCUACACCAACUGUUAUCGACGAUGAUACAGUUAUCGUUGACGAUACAUCUGUUCUUCCUGUUCCCUCGCAUGUCGUCUUGAAUCACCUGUCGACAAGUUCCAUUCGAAACGGUGUGUUGGCUGUGAGUGGGACGGUACGUUACAGGAACAAAUUCCUGACCACAAUUUAUUAUAAACCAACGUAGGGUUGGUUAGAGUCGAUGAGGGGGCUGAAAUGCUUUUGGCUCGACCGGCGUUGGUUCCUGGAUAUCUGAUGGAACUAAAUAUGUACUACAAUGCGUUACUGUCUUUCUCCUGUCUGUGUUGUUGUCUGUUCUGCUUAGUAUGUACUUGCUAUAGAGUAUUUUCAGUGUUUGGCAGUUGCAAUCGCAUUGUUUAUCGACUCC